UGAAUUUCGGGGAGGAGGCGGUAGGGGCCUAAUUGCCGGGUAUCUGGACUUCUGGCAACGCCCCCCCGCAGGGGCCUGACGCCUAGGUUACAGCCCACAGCCUCACCUGACUUUAGGGCUAGGAGGAGUGCCAGAGGGAGUCAGAGAGGGAGAGACCGACUGACAGGAUGGCCACGGGAUCGCGCUAUGCCGGGAAGGUGGUCAUCGUGACCGGGGGCGGACGCGGCAUCGGAGAACAGAUCGUGCGAGCCUUCGUGGAAAGCGGGGCCCAAGUGGUUAUCUGUGACAAAAUGGAGUCGGGGGGCCGGGCCCUGGAGCAGGAGCUUCCUAGAACUGUCUUUAUCCUCUCUGACGUGACUCGGGAGGAAGAUAUGAAGACCCUCGUUUCCGAGACCAUCCGCCGUUUUGGCCGCCUGGAUUGCGUGGUCAACAACGCCGGCCGCCACCUGCCUCCACAGUGGCCUGAGGAGACCUCUGGAGAGGAAUUUCGGAGCCUGCUGGAGGUGAACCUGUUGGGGCCGUACACCCUGACCAAGCUCGCCCUCCCCUACCUGCGGAAGACCCAGGGGAAUAUCGUCAACAUCGCCAGCCUGGUGGGAGCCAUUGCCCAGACCCAGGCAAUUACCUACGUGGCUACUAAGGGGGCGCUGGCAGCCAUGACCAAGGGCUUGGCCCUGGACGAGAGUCAAUACGGUGUGAGAGUCAACUGUAUCUCCCCAGGAAACAUCUGGACCAAAAUGUGGCAGGAGCUGGCAGCCGCAUCACCUGACCCCAAGACCGCUAUCCAGGAGGGCAUACUAAACCAGCCUCUGGGCCGCAUGGGCAAUCCUGCCGAGGUGGCGGCUGCCGCGGUGUUCCUGGCCACUGAAGCCACCUUCUGCACCGGCUGUGAGCUGUUUGUGACCGGGGGUGCGGAGCUGGGCUAUGGGAUCAAGGCCAAGCGGGGCGCCCCUGUGGAGGCCCCUGACACCCUUCCUGAUUGCCCUCAUUUCCAGUCAGGCUCCUCUGACUAGGGCUCUCCCACCCCAAACUCAGUCUCCCAAAUUCCAGCUUCUGCUCUCUGCCUCUUGGGUCCAGUCCCCAACUCUAGACCUUAAGCUCAUUUACCAGUGUGCCAAACCACCCCACAAGCUCCCAUCAAAGCAAUUUGCAGCCCUGGCUGGUGUGGCUCAGUGGUUGAGUGCUGGCCGGCGAAUCAAAGGGUCGU